UGACAGCCUCAAUCCAUCAAUGAUAACCUCAGUCCGGCCAAACUUUAUGGACCCAGGAGGCUGCCAGCACCAUGACGGUCUCCUACACCCUCAAAGUGGCGGAGGCCCGCUUCGGAGGCUUCUCUGGCCUGCUUCUCCGUUGGCGGGGAAGCAUCUACAAGCUCCUCUACAAGGAGUUCCUCCUCUUCAUCGCCCUGUAUGCUCUGCUCAGCGUCACCUACCGGCUGCUGCUGACCCAGGAGCAGAAGCACGUGUACGCUCAGGUGGCCCGAUACUGCAACCGCUCUGCGGACCUCAUCCCCUUGUCCUUUGUAUUGGGUUUCUACGUGACCAUGGUGGUGAACCGCUGGUGGGCCCAGUACACAAGCAUCCCGCUGCCGGACCAGCUGAUGUGCGUCAUCUCGGCCACCGUGCACGGCGUGGACCAGCGUGGCCGUCUGCUGCGCCGCACCCUCAUUCGCUACGCCAACCUGGCGUCGGUGCUGGUGCUGCGCUCUGUCAGCACGCGCGUGCUCAAGCGCUUUCCCACCAUGGAGCACGUGGUGGACGCAGGUUUCAUGUCCCAGGAAGAGAGGAAAAAGUUUGAGAGCCUGAAAUCUGACUUCAAUAAGUACUGGAUUCCUUGCGUCUGGUUCACCAAUCUGGCAGCCCAGGCCCGGAGGGACGGGAGAAUCCGUGAUGACAUUGCUCUCUGCCUGCUCCUGGAAGAGCUGAACAAGUACCGGGCCAAGUGCAGCAUGCUCUUCCACUAUGACUGGAUCAGCAUCCCCCUCGUCUACACCCAAGUGGUGACCAUAGCGGUUUACUCCUUCUUUGCCCUCUCCUUGGUGGGCCGCCAGUUCGUGGAGCCAGUGGCAGGUGCUGCCAAACCUCGGGAGCCUCUGGAGCCAGGGCCAGCGGUAGGCGAUCUGGACAUGUAUGUGCCUCUCACCACUCUGCUGCAGUUCUUCUUCUAUGCUGGCUGGCUCAAGGUGGCAGAGCAGAUCAUCAAUCCCUUUGGUGAGGAUGAUGACGACUUUGAAACCAACCAGCUUAUAGACCGCAACUUGCAGGUAUCCCUGCUCUCUGUGGAUGACAUGUACCAGAACCUGCCUCCCACGGAGAAGGACGCCUACUGGGAUGAGGACUCGGCGCAGCCGCCCUACACAGUGGCCACGGUGGCCGAGUCGCUGCGGCCUUCCUUCCUGGGCUCCACCUUCAACCUGCGCAUGAGCGACGACCCUGAGCAGAGCCUGCAGGUGGAGGCGUCCCCUGGGCCAGCCCGGCCGGUGACCGCGCAGACCCCGCUGCUCGGCCGCUUCCUGGGCGUAGGCGCUCCCUCGCCAGCCAUCAGCCUCCGGAACUUCGGCCGCGUCCGCGCCCCCCGGACCCCGCAUCUGCUGCGCUUCCGGGCCGAAGAGGGCGGCGACGUCGAGGCAGCGGACCGCAUCGAGGAGGAGGCUUCAGGGUCCGGGGACGAGACCCAGGAGCCCUGAGCCAAUCAGGCGGGGCGGGCCGUGCAGCUGCCU